GAUAACAUAGAAAUAUAACAACUAGAUUGCGCCUAGCUAUAAAACUUCUGUUUACUGAUCCUGUUGUAUACCCGAUAUGCAUUUCUAGAAGUCUUACGUCUAUGGCUGUCAUAUUGGAAACAUGAUUAGCGUCUCCGCCCGCUCGACUGGUCGUCAAGUUGAGAGUUGUCCAACCGGCUGUCUUGACACGCACAAUAGUCACCGCGUUGACGAGCGCAUCAUUGUAAACAGGCUAAUGUUAUAUUCUUUGGCUAACUAUCUUUGAAGUAAAAAGUUCUCUGUGUGGCGAGGAAAUAUUAUCUUGCAGAAAAUAUUCAUGUAAUUCUGUGGACUCCACCUGUCUUGUGCUACAUUGAGCAGCUAAUAGCUAGCCUCGACGCACUGACGAAGUGACAAGUUCACUGACUGUGCCGCUGCGUAUUGAGAAUGAGUCUCAUCAGCAUGUUGCAGUGAGAAAUGCAAUUGCUGGUAUUAGGGAUGGCCAUCUGGGGGGCGCAAGCUUGUUCGGACUCUCAGAGCUGUACGACAACGCUGCCAUCCAAUGCCUCUUCCAAAGAGUACUGCUACUCGGCUCGAAUUCGCAGUACAGUGCUGCAGGGCUUGCCGUUUGGUGGCGUACCAACUGUUCUUGCCCUUGACUUCAUGUGCUUCUUGGGCUUGCUGGUUGUUUUCUCCUUCCUAAGAAAAGUAGCCUGGGACUAUGGACGCUUGGCUUUGGUUACCGAUGCUGACAGGAGAAUGGAUCAGCGUUACAGUCGUCUGGAUGAUCGGGAAUACGCAGCCGCUGCCUUGACAACAGAGAUACCUGAACGUUACGAGCGCCUCACCUCAGUUUCCAGUUCGGUUGACAUAGAUCAGAGAGACACGGGCUUUUGCUCGUGGCUCACUGCAAUCUUUCGCAUCAAGGAUGAUGAGAUUAAGGAUAAGUGUGGUGAGGACGCAGUACAUUAUUUGUCCUUCCAGCGCCAUAUCAUCGGCCUACUGGUUGUGGUGGGUGUGCUUUCUGUUGGAAUCAUUUUGCCUGUAAACUUCUCAGGAAAUCUACUUGAAAACAGUGCUUAUAAUUUUGGAAGAACUACAAUAGCAAAUCUUGAUGCAGAUAAUGCGCUUUUGUGGCUGCACACCAUCUUUGCAUUCCUUUACCUGUUACUGACAGUGUGCAGUAUGAGGAGACACACCUCCAAGAUGCAUUAUGUGGAGGAUGAUCUGGUCAAACGAACGUUAUUUGUCAAUGGACUCUCAAAAUAUGCCGAAGAAGCAGAAAUAAAGCAACAUUUUGAGCAGGCGUAUGAAAACUGCACUGUGCUGGAAGCCCGCAUCUGUUACAAUGUGGCCAGGCUGAUGUAUCUUAACUCUGAAAGAAAGAAGGCAGAGCGCAGCAAGAAAUUCUUCCUAGAUCUGCAGGCCAAAGAGCACAUUGCCACCAUGAUAAACCCAAAGCCAUGUGGACACCUUUGCUGUUGCAUCAUCAAAGGUUGUGAGCAGGAAGAGGCUGUGAGUUAUUAUACCAAGCUGGAAGCUCAAUUAAAAGAUGGCUACAGGAAGGAAAGAGAGAAGGUCAACAGAAAACCUUUAGGAAUGGCAUUUGUCACUUUUCAAAAUGAAUCCAUCACUGCUAUAAUAUUGAAGGACUUCAACGCUUGCAAAUGUCAGGGCUGCCACUGUCGCCGAGAGCCUCAGAGCUCUGCAUUCAGUGACAAACUUCAGACACACAACUGGACUGUGAGUUAUGCCCCUGAUCCACAAAACGUCUACUGGGAGCAUCUGUCAUUGGGAGGUUUCUCGUGGUGGAUCCGCUGCCUCAUCAUAAACUGUGUCCUCUUCCUCCUCCUUUUCUUCCUUACCACCCCAGCCAUCAUUAUCUCCACCAUGGACAAGUUUAAUGUUACCAAACCAGUGGAGUACUUAAAUAAUCCAAUUAUCACGCAGUUUUUCCCAACGCUACUAUUGUGGUCUUUCUCCGCCUUACUUCCUACCAUUGUCUACUACUCAGCCUUCUUUGAAGCCCAUUGGACACGGUCAGGAGAGAACAGAACUACAAUGCAUAAAUGCUACACUUUCCUUAUAUUUAUGGUGCUCCUACUGCCCUCUCUUGGUCUUAGUAGUUUGGAUCUUUUUUUCCGGUGGCUUUUUGACAAAAGAUUCUUGGCAGAUGCUAAUGUGAGAUUCGAGUGUGUGUUCCUUCCUGACAAUGGAGCCUUCUUUGUCAACUAUGUCAUUGCUUCUGCAUUCAUCGGAAAUGCCAUGGACCUGCUCAGGAUCCCGGGUCUCCUUAUGUACAUGAUUCGCCUUUGCCUCGCCCGAUCUGCUGCCGAGCGCAGGAACGUCAAGAGGCAUCAAGCUUAUGAGUUUCAAUUUGGAGCGGCUUAUGCGUGGAUGAUGUGUGUCUUCACAGUGGUUAUGACCUACAGCAUCACCUGCCCAAUUAUCGUCCCCUUUGGCCUGAUGUACAUGCUGCUCAAACACUUAGCAGACAGGUACAACAUGUACUAUGCUUAUCUGCCUUCCAAACUGGACAAGAAGAUCCAUUCUGGCGCUGUCAACCAAGUGGUGGCUGCUCCAAUUCUUUGUUUAUUCUGGCUUCUUUUCUUCUCCACAAUGCGCUCUGGCUUUUCAGCUGCAAUCUCCAUGUUCACGUUCAUAGUCUUGAUCAUCACAAUAACUGUCUGCCUCUCGCAUGUCUGCUUUGGACAUUUUAAAUAUUUGAGCGCUCACAAUUACAAGAUUGACACCCAAGAAUUGGAUGUGACUGAAAAUGGACGUGCAGAGUGCACUACAGACUCCAACAAAGCAGCACAAAUGUACAUCGCUGAAGUUCUGCAAGAUCCAAAUUCCGAGGAAGCCGGAUCAGGCAGUGGCGAGGAUGAUGGUCAGGGUUCAUCACAGGAUGACGAAAUAAUCAAUGUGGAAAACGGCCUGAACGAAGACUUCCAGUCAGGAGAAGACAGCCUCAUUGAUAAUGAAGUUCGACACUGAGACGACCGAAGGUUUAAAACUUUGAGAAGAAUGCACUAAAUACAUGAACUGAACUGGAAGUGAACCAACAAGUUCACCGAAUCAUGUCAGCCUGGUCGAGGGACAGACAGUAAAACUAACGGACAUGUGUUGUACUAAUGAUUAUAUGGAUUGUAGCUCAAAGAUCCCUGAAAUCUUCCACUGGGACUACUUGCACAAGCCAUGCAUGAGCAGCCAAGUCCCUCAGAUCCACCACCUUAGCGGACGAAAGGACACAAAUGUAGAUGUGAUAUUGGCGUGCCUCGAAGGGAAUGAUGUUUUGUCCAUGUCCUCAACGUAGCUGCACUUGAAACAAAAAGACUUCAAAACUCCGUAACUUUCCACUAAGGUGCUGUUGACGAGUCAUAUGAAAUAGCGCUAUUAAGUGCAGACAUAUCCUCGUGGCUCAUGCUAUCCCAUACAAGAUCAUUAUUUUAGCACAUAAGCUCCUUGGGCAUUGAUCAGUACACCUAUAUACUAUUACCUUCCCACUUUGGAAGAUGGGUAGAAUCUUAACACACUACAUCGGUACAAGCAAUGCAGCUAACUGGGAUUGCUCUUGGACUACUGUGACUGACCCUUCUACAAGAGGACUUAGAUUGAAUAGAAUGCACAGUAGGUUGCUGGGUCAGUGUAAUGAUACUCAAUUGACAAUAGUCUUGUUCGUUUUUGUCUUUUUUUGCCCAUAGGUUUACAUACUUACGCACAAAAACUGACAUUAGCAUGCAUUUUAGGUGGAAACUGGAUACGGACUAGUUUGUCUCAGUUUUGUUUAUGUUUGAAUAGGCACUUGAUAAUGUAGAUUCGUUUAGGUUUAUUGUAUGUUGUUUCCCAGCCAUGUUACAGCCUCCUAAAGCUGAUACGUAAAUUAUUUUAAUUAAAAAGUGUAAUAUCUGUGAUGAAAUGUAAAAUGGACCACAGCUGAAAUUAACAACCACAAGUGUAGAUGCUUUCAACAUCUAAUUCCAGACGAAGCAAGUAGCAUUUGUUAAUGUGAAAUGUAGCACAUAACCCCAAUUGUUUCCUUAACUCUGCAUCAAAUUUCUCAUCUUAUUGAGCAGAGAUGGCUGCAACAUUUUACCUGGUCUAUCGUACAGUUAUUUAAAACUCCUCAAACAUUUUAAAUUAUGUGCUUAAAGUGUAUGGUGGUCAUUUUUUCCCCUCUUGUUCCCACACAUAUAGUAAUGAAAAAGGUUCUCAAUCACAAUCAUCGAGAUGUCACAAUGAGUUGGGCAUUUAGAUGGUAAUGUAUCAGACCCACUCUAUUCACCUUACAACUCUUAAACCACCCUGCUCAGACCAACGGAAACUCCCUUAGGUUAACACGAACAGUGUCCAUGAUCUGUUCUCAGAAUAUGUCUUAUUAUUUUGGUACUAACUUUGACAUACUCAAGUGGUGUUCUCUUAUGAUUGUAAGGACACUGUUCCAUACCUCUACAUUUGUAUACCUCUAAUAUGUCAUGAAAUCUCUUGAGCGGGUUCCAGAGGGGUUCUUUGACAACACUAUUUCUUUCAUUUUGAAUGUAGCUGACCACUGCAACCUUUUGCUAAAAUGCUAAUAGUGCUUAAUAGCUAAGAGUUGAUUAGCUUCACUAGACAACCAUUCAUGUGCGACUUUGUAUUAUAACUGAAACUGCAGGGGGAGUGUCACUGCAAGGAGAGCAACUUUGUGUGUCCGUUUGUUGGCUCAGUGAUGUCUUAUAAUUUCACAAUUCUCUGUUCAAACUCAUCUAUGUUGUAAAUUGUGUUCUUUUACUUAAUCUCCUAUGCAUCUGUUGACUCACUGGAAAUUAAAAAAAAAAAAAGUUUUUCAAAAACAAAAAUCUUAUUAUUGAAAGUUGUCAGCUUGUUCCGUUCUCAGAAUGUAAAGUAAAAUCAUCUACAAUUGAAAUGUACUUAGUCUUCAUUGGGGGGAAGUUGGUUGUACUUCAACCAUUUUAUUUUGUACAUUGCUUGUCCUCAAAACAAAUUGCACCACCAAGUACAUUUGUGAAAUACUGUUAUCGAGAUGGUUUUGUUGCACUAUAAUACGAUAUUGUUAGCUCAUUGGCUCCCAUUGACGGUUCUAGACAUCCAAUCC